AUGGAUCUACCGUCGUUGCCUGCUUCGAUGCAGGAUUUCCUUCCCUAUCUUGCCAGUCAAUCAAAGGUAGCAGAAGCGCUUGAACCUUACAAAGCUUAUGAGGGAAAGCUUCGAGAGACGUUUGCUCAGCAUCGAGACAGUCCCGUUCUGAACGACCGUCAUAUCAACACUGUGCCGCUGUUUGCAGGCCAUGAGCAGACGAUCAAGGUCCGCGCCCGUGACCUCGAUCACGAGACUCAUGAAGAAAGAGAUAAGUAUCUGCUCCCCCUUUCUGCUGGUGAUAGAAAACUCAAUGGCUCUUCCGCGAUGGUCGGCUCGAUCAAGGAAUUCCGCUCAAACUUCAACCUCUUCUCCGAAUCUUCCCUCGUUGAUCUUGACUGGAACAAUAUCGUAGCUGCUGACCUAUUCAUCUAUGGGCUCAACGAGGAGCAGGCCAUCGAGAAGAUCAAGCAGGUUGAAACGAAGAUUCGUGAUAGCAUCCUCAGCGAGACAACAACAAUUCGGACCAAACACGCCAUAACUAUUGUAUCUCAAUAUCCGACUCGCCACGUGCAGGUCGUCCUUCGCCUGUACAAGAGCGUCUCCGAGAUUCUUACCGGUUUUGAUGUUGAUUGUUCUUGCGUUGCUUACGAUGGCAGUCAGGUGUGGGCUGCUCCUCGCGCAGUGGCCGCGUAUGUAACGCAGACCAACACUGUUGACCUUUCUCGUCGCUCGCCAUCAUACGAGAAUCGCCUCUCAAAAUACUCACACAGAGGCUUUGAGGUUUACUGGCCCCUGCUCGACAGGUCAAAGAUCGACCCCACCAUCUUCGAAAGAUCCUUUUCUCGAGUCAUGGGACUCGCGAGGCUUCUAGUGUUCGAAAAGCUGCCAGGCCCAAAUGACCGCGAAACCUACCUUGCCAAGCGUAGAGAAGAACGUGGACGACCCCCGCUGCCAUGGAAUGCUCGCUACCGAAAGCAGUUACCUGGCAACGUGAAGGAUUCACAGCCAGAUGACGUUGCAGAAUGGGUUGAAGAAGACGAUAUCUCAAACUAUCAUACUUUCACGAUUCCAUAUGGUCCAAAGUACAACGCUAGAAAGAUUGAAAAGUUGUUGUUCACGAAAGACCUCCUCCUCAAUGCGGAAUGGAAUAAGCCGAAAGAUCGAGAGACCAAUCUGCAUCGUCACCCUGCUUUUUUCGGGUCUGUAAAUGAUGUGAUUCAUGACUGCUGCGGGUUUUGUCCUGAACCACUUACAGACGAAGACUUGGCGGCAGCUGAAGAGGAGUCAAAGGUAUUCAUUUCUGGUGACAUCAGCUUUCUGAAAGAUGACCCUGGUCGUCAAGAAAUCGGUAGCUUCCAUCCCAUCACUGAUGAUGACUGGACCGAGAUGGCCUAUGUUGGCAAUACCGAACGUCUAUGUCAAGCGAUCGUUGACAGAGAUCUCGAGCAUGUCGAGGAUUGGUGCAAGCAAGAAGGGGCGGAUGUCAACCGUAGAGAUCAUACUGGCAGAACACCACUUCACCUCGCUACAAUGAGCAGUACACCUGAAAUUGUCCAGUGCUUGAUCGACCACGGAGCACGUCUUGUGGCAAGAGUGGUGGAUGGUUUCACCUCGUUGCACAUUGCUUCUCGCAGAGGAAAUACUGCCAUGGUCAAAGCAAUCCUUGACAAGAGUGAAGCAAACGAGGAGGAGGAAGCACGCAAAGAAGACCUAAAGAAGGAAGCAAGGCGUGCUGAUAGAGAAGCAAAAGGUAACAACCGGGGUCUUACUUCUGAGGAUAUCGAAAUGAUAGAGAGAAACGAUGACCGCGAAAAUGAAGAUCUCAUCGAGGACAGUGACAGUGCUGACUCGGAUCGGAUGACUGAAGGUUCAUUCGUCAAAGUUCCAGGCCCAAAUGAAGACUCGGCCACGCCUGACUCUGACAAUGAGAAUGAACCAGAUGUGUAUGAUGUGAACGUCCUUGCCUGGGAUUAUCCUGUCAGUCCUCUUCAUUUGGCAAUCCUGGGCGGCCAUGUGGAGGUCAUCGAGCUGUUGGUGUCCACCUUUGGAGCGGAUGUUUUGCUUCCGGUCAAGCUUGUCAAUGAGCACAACAAAAGUCCUCGUGCCGCCAUCCUUGCGCUCGUACUCGCACUUCAGCUUCCUCUCCUAGAAGCCUGCAAGACAACGGAAAAGCUACUUGCCCGGGGAGCUUCAUCAACGCAAGCCGACUUGCAUGGCUUCUCUGCCCUAGAGUAUGUCGUUAAUAGUGGCAACACUGAGAUACUUGACAUUCUGCUGAAGUUCGAUGAGCCAGCCGCCAAAAGGGCUGUCAAUCAUCUGACCAUAAGUGGCUGGCAACAUUAUGCUGAGGUCAGUAGCCCCUUGCUUACUGCAAUCCGAGGACGUCAUGUUACCAUGGUAGACAAGUUGCUAGAGCUUGGUGCAGAGCAUUCUAUCCACCGCGAAGUGUUUGUGCGUGCAUACCAUCGUACCUUUGAGCAUGCCUCACAGGACCCAGAGGACAUGAAGAAAGCUUAUGAGGCCACGAUCGAGCAGCCGAUCAUCACCGCUAUCAAGUGCGACUUGCCUAAGGUAGCGCAGAAGCUGCUUGAGCUGGGUGCUGACGUGAACACUUUGCCUAAAGGCGCGUACAACAUGGUACACAAUCCAUCAACGACGGGGUAUGAGGAAACUAAAUCCCUUCUGGAUCUCGUUCAAGACCAAGCGAAGCAACUCAAGGAAUACAAAGGUGAUAAGAACGAGGAGUUGGACCCUCCGGCAGCACUUGAGCAGGAUGAGUUCUACUUGCAAGGGCUACAGAAGGGCACUUACCGAUAUUGGCUUGCGGUUCAUGACCUGGCACAAGCACGAUCUUUGCAUGGCUUGCAGAGGAAAUGGUAUCAAGAGUCGUUGGAGGAAACUGGAGACCCCCAGGAAGGUACACGGGAGAAAAUGGUCGCAAUAGCGGAAGCAUUGUCAGAAUAUGAAGCAGUAGAGAAAGCCUUACUUGCAAGAGGGGCCAGGACAUUCAGGGAAUUGUACCCCGAACUCCAAGAAAACCAGCCUCCUCAUUCGUGGGGCUACUACAAUCACAAAGAAGCGUCACGGAAGAAGGAGCCAUACAUGACAACUCACAAAUUCCUGGUACCCGAUUUGACGAAAGUCAAGAUGGAUGGAUACUUCCAGCUCUUCGAGGCUGCUUGGAAGGGCGACAUUCCAACAUUGAAAAGUCUCACACUUGGUGCUUGGGGAGCCCAUUACGAACCAUUGCAGAUAGCAGUGAAAGAUCUUCAGGGGUUCAGCCCUCUAUCGAUCGCUGUGCUCAGAGGUCAUAGUGAACUGGUCAAAGUCGUCCUUGAGAUAUCUGCUGUGCAAUAUCAGCCAAAUGAGAAGAAAGACCAAUAUAGGUACACCAUUCGCCCAUAUGACGAGGACGAAAGCGAGAUGGAUCGCGAUGAUGACAGUGAAGACGUCAACGUCGUCUCAGAACUCGUUGACAACGAUUACACUGUCAAUGAUGUCACUGCUCUUGCCGACAGGAUCAGAUCGAAAGUGUCGCCCCUACAGCUUUUGACCUGGCACUCAGAGAUCUGGAGGGCGCUGGAGAACUCUAGAAACGACAAGGCUGCGAAGAAAACCCUUAUGCCAGGUCCCUCAAACCGCAGCCCGUAUCUUUACAAUACUUCAAAGACUUCGUGGCCGUAUUUCCACGCCCUCUGGGACAUGGAAUCCAAUCGCUGCAGAUGGUCUCUUAUCAGAUACACGAUCGCUAAGAACGACAUGGCGAUGUUAAAAUUUCUGACGGAGGUUGGCAAUGGGCUUGCGAGAAGUAAGGCAGACGAUGAGAGCCUUAAGGUCUUCACAUGCUCGAAAUCGGACUUUGAUUUCGCGGUUCGUCUGGGACGGACGGAGAUGAUAGGCCACUUCCUUGCAGCGACAGGUGCAUGCUUACCCCUUCAGAAAUUGGUGGACACUUCCGGCGUAGUGGUCCAGGAAAAGCCAAAAUACUAUCAAGGUCUUUCAGUUUAUGGCAAGAAGCGGAAAGACUGGGCCGACCAGGGCCGGGGCGUAACGCGCGCACCAGUCGAGGAAGACGUUCCUCCGUUACUCUCGGUGAUCUUUGAAGGCAACUUGGAGUCCACCGAGUAUUUCUUGGGAGAUGCUCCAUUGCGUCGUUACAAGGAGUUUGCAGCUGCCAAUAAAGACGACAAACGCAUCCGAGUGCUUGAUCAAGCAGAAGGCGGGAUCGAUCAAGUCUUGUCAAAAUGGCUUACGGACCGCAACAAUAUUGCCAUACACAUGGCUGUAAUGGCGAAGCCUCGAAAGGACGGUUCGAAUCCGACGCUGGAAUUCCUCAUUCGAAACAUGCCGGAGGCCAUUGAUGCCAAGUCAUCUACCGGCAUCACUCCCCUUCAACUAGCUUUCCAACUCAAUCGACUCUACGCAGCGAAAACUCUCAUCGCAGCAGGUGCCAACCAAGCCACGCGCAAUCGCAUGGGCGAGAACUUACUUCACACCAUCUUGUAUGCGAAUAGCUCAGACCCGAAGGUCCUUCGCGCCAUUCUUGGCCUUCUUGAGCAAUCUCUGAUCCCGACUAUGCUCCUCGAACGCUGCGCAAGCACACGCGUCGGUGGCUUAACUCCCUUCGCCUUCUGGAUUCACAACAGCGCCGUCGGCAACACUGACGCGGAGGUCGUCCAAGUCCUUCUCGAAUACAGCAAGGGUGCAGACCUCGAAAUCAUGGAUGGUGCAGGCGACUAUCCACUCCAUUACCUUGUCCGUGGCGACCGCUCCAAGCUCAUAGAAGCUAUCAUAAGCUACAACCCAUCGCUCCUCUACAAGGAAAACGCCAUGGGAAUGACGGUGCUGGACAUCGUCGAUAAUGCCUACCUGCGCGAUCGAAUGGAUCACCCUCCCACAAUCGAGCGUCACAGAAAUGCUACUUCGGUCGUGGAUCCGAGUCCAGCUCUCCUCCUCCCUAAAAACCGGAACAAGGUCUCUGAAAGCAACCCGGUCAAGAAUUGGAGAAUAGUGCAUGAAGCCGCGUGUCUUCGUCCCGGCAGAAGACAACUCGUCAGUCUCUUCGAUGCGAACGAAGUUGCCAAGAGAUUGGCUGCGCAGCAGAGGGAGAAGAGUGACCGACCAGCCAACGCUGGUGGCAGGUACAAGGGAUAUGGAGAAGAAAAGAAGGGGGGGUACGAGUUUAAGCAGUGGAUUGGAAGGGCGCAAGGAUUUAGGAAGUGGGAUCUUGAAAGAUUUAGCAAUGAGUUUAUUGAGAACAAGGGGAAGGAAGAGGUGGUGGGAAACGGAGCCAGCGACUCCAGGAAGAUGUCUUUCACGCGGGAAGAGAGCGAUGAGGAGGUUUGGAGUGAUGCCUACUGA